AGAUCCUCUUCAACAUCAGCCUUGUUAUUCUUGUCCUCUUCUAUCCACAGCAGAACAUCUUCAAUUGUGAAGGGGUCAGCGGACUCUAACUAAACGGUGUGUACACUUCUGUGGCCGCUCAGUGCCAACCGCUACCCCCUGUCUGAGUCGCUACCUCUGUGCAUGCGGUCGCAAAUCACGCGAUUAAGAAUGCUGGCGCCUCAUGGACACUUUAAAGUUACCACACGAGGGAAAAAUCUCAACUAUCGGUUUUGUGUUUCGUCCAUGGCACUUGUGGGGCUCCCUGAAAGCUGGUGUGCAGCGAACGAGCUUGUAGCGUGUGUUACCCCAGCGUCCUUGCCAGCGGCGCCUGCACUCCACGCCGCAUCAGGUUUUGGCUGAGGCUCCUCAUUCAGGGUAUCUCAAGGUGUCUUCCUCCUUUUUUCUGUUCCCUUCCAGCGAGAGAGCGCAAUUCCCCUGUCGAGGAAGGUGUGACCUUCCUCUCGCAGGCAGCAGCGCCAGGAUGGUGUCCGCUCCAUUCUCUCUACGCGGGCAUGCAGCCCAUGACUGUGUGAGGUUCUUCUUCCUCUGGGCCACCCUUGGCGUUUACGUUUUCCUGUGCUGUUCGGCAUCAUCUGCCCUCGUAUAUGAUGUAAAGCUCUCCGUUCUCUCGGGGCUAGGGGCCGGCACACAACUCGAGGGGAAGCCGCUGGGACGCCUCGCGAUCCGGGAAUACAGCCGUCCAGCGGAGUCCCCAGCACUGAACGCGAAGAGCCAUUUCUCUGGCAGCGCUUCUGCACCAGCAUUUGCUGAAGGUCCGACACGCGCGGUUCGAGCGAACUGGAUUUCCUUUUCCGGCAGCGUGCUUUCGUCGGCUUUGGAGGCGGCUACCCGCGAGCAGCAGAGUGGCGGGACAGAAACGCUGCCCUGGAACAUGUUUCCUUUGCUGUCUCUACGGCUGGAACCCGUCGUGACGCAGGAAGAAAAAAACCAACAAAAUAGGCUCAUUCCAGCUCUCGAAGUAUCCGCCCCUGUUUCCUUCCUAGUGAACGCUGACAGGCCCGGGUCGCCGUCAGCAGUCUGUCGCACUGAGACCCCGUUCCUGCUUUCUCUCCACGUCUCGCCUUCCCUCGUUCCCUUCUCUGCUUCGAUUCGACGCCUCCCAGAAAGCACGAGCGACCAGGUAUCUGCGACAAGUGAACCUGCCCGGAGUGUAGAUCGAGGCUCCGACGAGAAGGCGGUUUCCGACCGCAUCGUGCUCACGUGUCCGGAGGUGACUCCGACUGCAGCGGGGCAGAACAGGGAGCUGUCUACCGGUAGAGCGCCUGCGCUGCAAGUGGUUUUGCCGCCGGCAAAAGCUGGCAAAGAGGCGCUCAUCGUCCCCGUCUACUUUCCCGGCGAGAGCCAGCACCGGGCCGGCGCCGCGGGCGCUCCGAUCCAAGGAGGCCAAGGCGAGAAGGAGGAUGAACAGCCGUCGUUCUGGAGACGGAACUGGUGGCUGAUUUUGUGUGUUCUCGUCAUGGCAAGUCUCAUGGGAGGCGACUCUGGCGGAGCCGCGCCUCAGAACGGGCAGGGCGCUCCGGCCACGGCUUCCUCGAACCCCAGUCAGCGACCUCGAGAGGGGGUGGACAGAAGAAGGUAG